AUAAAAGCACUUCACUAUCUGCAAUGUUGACCCACGAUCAAGGCUUACGAUUACAGGAACAUAAAACAAGUUCUUCCUAUACUCAUAAUAUUUAACGAUUGCAAGUCAAAUAUAUCGUGUAUUGAGCAACACGCAACGUAAAGAAAGUGACCAAUAAACCUUACAUAGUUCGAUUAAUUAUUACACGUGCGUAGAGUGACAAAAAUUUUAGUUUUUUUAUUUACGGAAAAUCAGUAAAAAUGAUAACCACCAAAUGGCGAAAAAUCUUUCUCCUUUUCAUCUGUUCCUUCCGCUACACAGAAUCUGCGGAUUAUGACUUUGACACUGGAAACUUGGAAAACUUAGGUACAAAUAUUAACAGACAAGUCCAGGAAAGUCUCAGACCCCUUAAUAAUCUAGGUGCGACUAUUAAUCAGCGUGUGAAUAAAGAAUUAGAACCCCUUAAUAAUCUAGGUGUUACUAUUACUCAACGAGUCAAUAAAGAUUUAGAACCGGUGCGGCAAUUACCAUCAAAACUUGAUAAUUUAGGCUACACCAUAUCCCAGCAAGUGUAUGAGGGUCUGAGACCAGUCCGUGAGAUGCAGUCCCGAAUGAGAAUCAAGUUUGGGACUGAAGGAACUACUAUUGCAACUUUUCAAGAUAACAGACACUUUAUUAUACGAAAUAGUGUUAUGUACACAUGCGAGGGUCAAAUAUCUCAAGAAAACGGCAGCUGUUCUGGCAAUUUGAAAAAAGUUACAUUUAACAACGACAAAGAUUUUUGUUAUGCAAAUGUUAACGCCAUUAUUAACAAUUAUUACUGCAUUGGUAACGGUAAUGUAAACACCGGUUACGUCAACGGGAAAAUAUACUGCUCCAGCAAUGAUGGUAGUAAAACUUUGCUGAUUCCGGAACAGGAGUAUAAGAAACUUUGUGGAACAGUUGCAAAUAUGGUAACUUACAAAUACUUCACCAGUCUGAAAUUAGGAGAUCAUGAUAGUGGUGUUCAUUGUACAGGAAACGAGCCCAGAAUUGUUUGUACUAUGACCGAAAAUCGUCAAAAUAUCGGUACUAACAUCAUACAAGUAAAUGGUGGGUCCUAUAUCAGCACAAUAAAUUAAAUUUACUUAUUUUUUAACAAUUAUAUUUGCACUGAACGAAUAUAAUAAAUACUGAAUACAGGUUUGUAUCAAAAAUUAA